UGUCAGGGGAGCACAACUCGGACCGAGGGAGUUGUGGUAGAAGAACUCGGACGGUCUGAUUAGAGGGAGCAACUCGGACCGUCCGAUUUGUGAUGUAAAGGCCACGUGGCGCGCUGUCGUUGCUCCCAUGGAUGGUGCCCCUUAUACCAAAAUGUUGGACCAUACUCACUCCCUCCGAAUCUCUUUCAACCACCCCACCAGCAAUCCCUUUCCUCUCUUCUUCUUCUCCUUCAGCCUCCAAAACUCCAUUGUUGUUUAUGCAUGUUGGAAGAAAAAAUUCAUAAUGCCAAAGAAACAAAAAUAUAAAGAUGUUGAUCGUCCUGAACUUCAUAUUAUACAUUAUCUCAGUCAUCUUGAUUAUAGUUUACGGUAUCUGACAUGUGAUCACCCACUGCCUCCGGAUCGGUACAAUGAUAGGGUUGAGGAGCAUUUACGGUUUACUGGUUUCUUGCAUGUUUCCCAAAUUGGAGUAGUUCAAUGUCAAAAAGCACUGGUAAAUGAACUAGUCGAAAGGUGGCACCCAGAUACACAUACCUUUCACCUUCUUGUUGGUGAAUGUGCUGUGACACUGAAAGAUGCUGCUGUUAUCCUUAGAUGCAAUGCAUCUAUACCACACUUCCUCGGUUAG